AUGACAGCCUUGAACUCCAGCGCGGACGUCGCGGCUCAAGCGACUAAUGUUCGCGCAGAACUGAAGGUCUGGGAGAAAGCGUUUGCCUCGGCAAAUGGGGGCAAGAAGGCCGGACGUGACGAUAUCAAACAGAAUGCAGAAAUCGCCGCAAAAUACAAGGAAUACAGUCGUCUGAAAGCCCUAGAGUCAUCUCUGAGUCGACGGGAGAAUCGCCAGCAGGAACCAUCGGACAGCCACUCCAAAAAGCGGAAGCAUGCAUCACCACCCGGUCAAGAAGCAUAUCAACAAAUUACACCUCGCAAGUCGUCCAAAGGGCUUUUCGCAACCCCUUCCAACAACCGCACCAGGAUUCAUCCAGCAGACCUCGAUCCUUAUGACUCGCCAAAUACCCUGCGCAGGCUCUUCAGUCCUAGCGCACACCGUGAGGGACAGCCUGCGCCAUCGCCGCUAAAGACGGCAAUUGGCCCGACACCACAGCGCGAUGGAAAGACACUCGGUCUCUUUGAUAUGCUAUCCGAAUCCGGGGGAAGUCAUGACACACCAGCCGCCAAGAGGCAGUCGAACAACCUCGCUGCAGCCUUUCAGACUCCCUCCAAGCGGAGACCCGUGGAACCCAUCCCAGAGCUCCCAGAAAACGAGCCGCAGCAAGAAACGCCCAGACUUGCACGCACACCCGCAUCCGAGACUAAACAGUUUUACCUCGCGAAUCUCUUCGCGACACCCACAACCAUGCGAUACGCAGCAAUGGUGGAAGCCGAGGAUAACAAGGAGACACAGAAGGAUGAGCUGCGGGCUCCCUCGCAAAUGUCACCGCCUGCUCACUCGGAGACACCGUCAUUCCUCCGCCGCUCCAAUUCCGGCCGAUACCCCCCGCCCAGUGCGGGUUUGGGCGGACCGGGCCUGAGUCCUAUCGCCUCGCGCAAGCCACAGAGAUUCGCCAGCAAAGGCUUAUCUCACCUAGUUCAGGGCCUACGAGAUAUGGAAGAAGAUCGCUUGGAAGAUGACUGGGAUAUAUUGCGCGAGAUGGAAGAGGAAGCCGAAGCCGAAGAGGCUGCUAAAUUGCAAGAGGAAAAUCCAGAGCCAGACGUCAACCGAAAAUACAAAAAGAAGGGUCAGAAACGGACGACCCGACGAGUGACUAUGAGACCGGUUCUUCAGCAGCCUAAGCCAAAGGAGAAUGCCGGCGAACCAAUCGCCGACGAAGACUCUGGCAGUGACGACGAACUUGCCGCUGUCCCAGAGACUCAGAUAGCGCCUGCUCCCGAAGAAUGGGACGAUGUUCCAAGUGAUAUCGAAAGGGCGGAAGCCGCCACUUCCCAUGCCACGCCAGAGCCCGAGCUUGAUACCGAGGCAGAAUAUGAUCAGGACUCGGACGAUGAUCCUGAAUUCGGUUAUGCCAAACCUGCCAAGCCGAAGAGCUUCUCGGAGCGUAUUAAGGAAGCGGUUUCGUCGUCUGCUGCGAAGCCCAAGGAGCAGGCGCCUCUGGGUAAACCCCCGAAGACUGCUGAGCCCUCGGAGAAGAAGCCUCGUCCUCGAAAGGUAAACCCUCAGACUCAUGCGAACUAUCGGUCUAUAAACAUCAACCGGGGAGGUUCCUCUCGUGGAAGAGGCCGCUUCCGUCGGAGAUAG